AAUUAGAUCAGAUUCGCGACCGAGACGAUUCGCUUGGCAAGUGCACAAAUUCAGUCAGUUUUCCAUCGGCGUGAAAAGGCGAGCACAAUAGAAAACAUCACAUCUUUUGCGCCGUCGUCCAUUUUGAGUUCAGGCCUACUACGCACUACGCCUCACGAAAAAGUGAAAAGCGCAGCAUAUAGAGAGUGAGGUACACGGGUUUGUCGCAAGGAAAAUGACCAUCCCAACCAAACCGACGGCCAAAAAGGCUGAAAAGUCCAUUUUGCCCCUUGUUGCGCCCAACACGGCGAGUGCACCAGCUGACGAUGGCGGAAACAAUUCCACGGCUUCCAGCAUCAUCCUGUUGCGCCGUGGCCGUCAGCUGUCUCCGGCUACGGCCGCCAUUCUGCUGAUGGUGGCCCUGCUUGGUUUCUCGAUCGGGACCAUCGGUGGACUGUUCUACUUCCGCCAGUACUCCCAGACCCGCAACCACAUGCGGUUCCAUGGUUUCUGCAAGAUUCCGUACGACUCGAGCAACUGGGAUCCCUUGGUGUACCACGCGGUCAAUCCAGGCAAUCCGGUCUUUGCGGCAAUCCAGAAGGCCACGUCCGAGGAUUCGUCCGCCGACGACCAGUCGGGAGCUGAGAGCAACAACAACAACAGCAACGCGGUAGACGAUGCGGCAGAUCCGUUCUUCCGCGAAGAGUUCGAGCUGGGCCUGUCGGACGAGGACAACUACUCGAAGAUCGAUGUGCCCGUGUUCCGCGGUCAGCGUCCGGCCCGUUUCCUGCACGACUUCAAGUUUAACCAGUCCGGCAUCAUCGAUAUGGCGAGCGGCCGAUGCUUCAUUAUGCCGCUCGAUCGCGAAACGGUUCUACCGCCCAAGUCGCUGCGAGAUCUCAUCCAAAAGAUGCAGCGCGGUUACUACAACAUCGACACGAGCGUGCUGAAGAAGACGAUGCGCGUCGUCACGCCGGAACUGACCGACUACACGGACGUUUCGCCUCGCAUCACCAAGGAGUGCGUCGACAUGAAGAUCUACGAGCUGGAGAAGAUCAUCAGCGGUGUCUACAAACGGUCGACCGAUAUUGUGGAGCGUUCCAAGUUUGCCGAAUUCGGCGGUAACCACAUUUCACUCAUCGACAUCCUGAACAUGGACGAGCUGGACUAGAGCGUCAGCGGCGGCGAUAAAUGCGGAGAGUUGCGCGGAGAGCAUGAUUGGUGAUGGGGCGCAUGGGUGGAACGAUGAGCGAGGGCAGAGGAAUAUAGCAUGAAAAUUAACUGUUUUCUACUCCUAAUUGAAUUCUCUUUAGUGAGCGUAUUUAUGGAACACCACACCUUCCCUCCGAGGGUCGUGAGCGGGGAAGAGAACUGGUAGGAUCGUCAAGAUAGCGUCAUUUGCAUCCAAGUUACUACUACUACUACUACUACUACUACUGCACUAUUGUUGAUAAACACAAAUGCAAAGAGAGAAGACUAUUGAUCUUUAUUUCCGGUGGUAUUACUCGAUUGUUGCUCGCGAUUGUGUGAGUGGGUCAGUUUUGGGUUCUGUCUCGUUUGUCCACACCAAGCGUACCAAGCAGAGCUUCGUUCGCCCGUUCCGCCGAUCGCGCUUCUCCGCAUGUGCGAGAGUUUUAUUGCAAGUAUUUUCUUUUUAAUCGUGCACAAAAUGUGAUCAAUUGUCGUCGUGUCAAGAGUCGCUGCCCACCCGAUGGUCCAUAAACACGCACCUCCACCUCGUACCGUUGCCGUGCAAGACAUUCCCAAAGUUGUUACAAACUAUCUCUCAAGCAACAUUCACCACCAUCUGUUAAAGGGGGUUGAAGGGCGCAGAAUGGUUUUCAAUUGAAAUGCAUAAGAAGCAGAACAAACUUACUAACUAACCGUUAAUAUCUUCUGAACAAAUUGUGGCGCCGGAGGCAAUGUGGCAGCGCGGGAAGAGUAUGUUUAUUGGAAUUGUAAAGAAUAAAAACA